AUGUGCGCCAUCAUGCUGAAAGCUGCGGUCAUCAGCCUGGUCGUAGGCAUAGUCUUGGCAGCACCAAAUGUGAAGAAGACAAGAGAGCCUUUGUGUUCCAGGUAUGAUGAGGGUAUAUGUCCAUAUGGGAGUAAGCCGAUCUGCGGCACGGAUGGAUAUACCUAUGGAAAUGAAUGUCAGCUCUGCCAGGAGAAUCGGGAGAGGACAAAUAAGGUCCAGAUCAAAGAUGAAGGUCCCUGUCCGCCAUCUGCCCAGCAGCAGAGAAGGAUGAAGAUGAAGCUGUGACCAUUGAUGGCACCAUUUUGACUGCAGGGGAGGAUGCCAA